AUGACUUCACAAACCAUAUCUGGUAAAGUUUCAUCAUCGGCAGCUUCAAAACAUGUAUUUGAAGGAAAUGAAGUAUUAAAAGUGUCAAUUGUCGAUGCAUCGCUCGCUGAUGCACCAAGCAUACAAUUAGGAAAUCAAAAUAUAACAAUACAACAAGGUCAAUCAUUUCCAAUUCCAUUUGAAUUUUCUUACGAUAAAUCACGUGCUCGUGGAAAUGGUAAUGGUGUAUUGGUAGAAGCAAGAAUUACAGAUAAAAAUUAUCGCCUUAUUUUUAUCAAUGAUACUCGAACGCAAGCCGUCGAUAAUGUAACCGUUGACGUAAUACAAGUAUAA